UCAAGAGAAAAAAGAGCUGAACUUUUCCGUUGUCGUCAAGUUUCUACAAUUUCUCCAUAAAAAAAUAUUAUCUUUUUCUUUCAACACUGUCUUCCCUUCAACGAUGAAUCUGUAAUCGUCUUCCCUCGAUGAUUACAACCGAUCAAAAUCGGGUCUUUGUAUUAAAGGAUGCCCAGCGGGGACGUCGCUUAUAGCUGUGGUUCCUGUGGAUAUCCUUUGAAUUUGACAUCUUCUAAAGAAGUGGCAUCUUCCCAAAGCUUUAUUCAUAAAAGAUCUACUAAGAAAGAUAUGCUUUAUUUUCCAAUGGUAGAUCUCAGUAGAUUCACUCAGGUAGAUGAGUUAAGUUGUUUCCCUUUCAGCCUGAGCUGUUACAAGUCAAAAAUAAAACUACUCUGUCGCAAAUGUGGAAUUCAUAUAGGCUAUGGAUAUGGUCAGUUUGGCGUUCUGUGUGGCUCAGAUGUUGAUAGUGUUCCAUCUUCUUCUUGUAAAAAGUAUAUUAUCAAGGUUAGAGCUAUUCAACCUUCAGAGCAGUGAUUUCUUUUCCAAAUAUGGACUCUAAUUGUUUUUCAAAUCUGUUUGAUGACUCUUCAUUCAUCUAAUCAGAUGAUUAAUCACUUAUAAAAUGAAAAUUUUCAGUGUUAUGGAAUCA